AUGGAUGGUGUUGGUAUGAGCAUGGAGUCCGAGAGCCAGGACAACGUCGGCGAGAACGGGGACUGGUCGUGGUCGAUCGGUUUUAAUGAUCACUCGGACUCGGAAUGUGGUGUUGCAUUGCAGCUCAAUCUUCCAGUAGACGACAUGAUCGGCGAGCUUGACGUCUCUACUCCCGUAUCGACAUGCUUCAAACGCUUCAUACACCCCGAUCCUCCUGUCCUCGUAAACAGCACAACACUAGCAGCAUCUGAUCAUGACCUGGUAUCCACGGCGUACGCAUACAACUAUGCCGCCUGUCCAACACCACUCUUUAGAUAUGAGAUCACGCAGCAUGAAGCGGAGGCCAUUGCCUGGCAGGACCAUAGAGUAGGGAACCACAAGGACCAGACUGGGAGCAUAUACGUGCCACCUCGCAGCCAUGAAGGGCAGCCUCGAUACCAUGAUGCGUCAUUCGUUGUUCCUGCGGGCAGGGUACAAGCGGCAGACCUGGCCAGCAACCGCGAUACCCCAGGCUUCUGCGGACCCACGAGCGUGCCAGUAUUUUCCGUUCGAGAGUGUAGAGACACUGCUGAACUUCAUGCCGGGUAUGAAGAUCGAGAGCCCGAGCCCGUGUCUUUCGAUGUCCUCGACAAUGACAUCCUUGACGCCAGUGCCGCUGCACCCGAUUUCUCCACUAUUAUGGCUCAUCACUCGUCCGACCUUGCUCCGAGCCUGGGACACAGCAUUCUGUCUGCCACAGAUCGAUCCACCACAACCUCCAAUGAUGAUGCUCUGCCCAAGGUUCAUCAUGAAGACGGCACAUGGACCUGCGGUGUUUGGAACUGCACAACGUCUGGCAAAACAUACACCAAGCGCUCGCAGCUCAAGAAGCAUCAGCGUUGCCAUGAGGACAAACCGUCCGCCUGUGAACGAUGCGGCCGCCGCUUUCGCUGGAAAAGUCAUCUGAGAGCUCAUCAGCUGUCCGUCCAUGACAAGAGCCAUGUAUACCGUUGUUCGUCUUGCACCAAGAACUACACAAGGAAAGACAACCUGGCUCGGCAUAUCAGGCUCAAGCACGCAGCUCUCGUGGGUGUCGUCCGCGGAACAGUCAGUGCUCAGACCAUUUCGCCAGUGACUCCUCAGCCGGCGGCUGCUAGUCAGGGCUCACACGAAAAUACCACUCCAGCUGGACACCAAGUUCGUCGUCAGCACGAAUAUGAGUCUCAGGACUGGAUGGCCGAUCCAAUGUUCGAGGACUUGGGCUUUGUCGACGACGGUUGCAUGCCAGCCCCGCUCCAGUAUCAAGAGGGUCUCUUCACACCGCCCAUGUCCCGAGAUGCGUCAUUCUCGCGGUCGCAGCUGCAGUCUUUCAGCACUGCAAGUUUCCCAGGAGGAUUUCUUACUCCGCCAGACGUGAUGUCGCCACCAACGACGCCGUAUGGCAGUAUGUGGCCAGGCAUGCCGUCGAACAAUCAUCAUUAG